AUGCCGCCAGUUCUCAAGCCAGUUCUCUCAAACUUUCCUCGCACCUCGGUCGCGGUUGUACUGCCCUCCGAUGUGUUCGGUCGCAUCGACAAAUACUAUCCUCGCCUGCUGAUCACGGCGACAAGUCCUUCGUCUGCGCUGAUCUCAGUUGACUCUUCGUUACGACGUCGUCCUCGAAGCCGUCAACCUCCGGCCCUCCACCCGCCGACAUCUCCGGCCCUGUCUACGGCUUCUACUGCCGACGGAGACGACGACCAAGACCUCGAGUCUGAGCCUCCUGCCCCGGAACUCCCGGCGCCGAAGUUGCCUGACCGAGUUUCCGCCCUCCUCCGGUCACCAACUCGAGCAAACGACGACCUCUUUGAGACGGCCAGUUGGGGCUCUCCAUACCCGCCGCACGAUCGCAACGUACGUCGCCAGAGCUUCAGUAGCGAUCUCUCUGAAGACUCGCCAAUCCACCAACUGGACAUCGACACGCCGUUUCUUCGCCCAGCUCCCGAGUUCCCUCAGCAGCAAGACACUGAGUCCCGUGAGCCCCUGAGCGCCGCCGCCGCCGUUCUCGCCAACCGAGUGAGGCGCAGCAACAGAGGACUCACCGAGGAUUGGAUCCGCGCGCAUACUGCUUCCGGAGAAGGAAACAUUGAGCCGCGCCUCUGGCUUAGUGACGGGAGCGAUAGCGAGCACUCUUCACUGAGCGGCUCCGAACUGGCCUGGCUGGGCGAGCUUACCCCCAGAGCUGUCAAGGCCGUCAAAGCCGCCAAGAAGCAGACGCGACACAUACGUGCUAGUGCCAGCAUCGAAACCCUCAAGCCUUUCGAAGGAAAAAGUAUCAAACUGGGUAACUCAACGAGCAUGGCUUCCGAACCCGAGCUGAUGCUCGAGCCGGCCCCCGUGGCCCCUCCCCGGCGUGACGAGCCUGUCGGCCAGUCUGCUGAGGAGGGACACAUCACACCUCCGCAGAACGACGCCGAGACCACAGCAGGACCCUCUUCAGAACCUUCAGAGGCAGCUGUGAAUGAGCCUGUAAAGCCGAUCGUCGAGACUGUGGCCGCAGCCCCUAUCCCUUCGACACCCAAAAGACUCAAGGAAAAGCCUUUACCAAAGGAGCCUCCUAUGACGCCCCGGAUCAAGAAGAAGGUCCCCUGGAAAGGGAAGAACAUCAUGAUCUUAGUCCCUCGCGAUGACGACCGUGGCAUGCCUGGCAAGGCUCCCAUGCCGCUGAGCCCCGACGAAACUAAGCGCAUGUUCGCCUCUUGGAAAGAACUCGGCUACAGCGUCGAUGGAUUCGAUCUGGUCGUCGAAGACUACCAGCCACCCGGCACCGCCGACGCCCAGAGCCGAGAUUGCUGGCCUUCAGCGGAAGACCUGACCCAGGAGCGCUCCACUGGCCACUACCAGGUCACUUUGCCAGACUUGAAUGCAUGGAAAGACUACGUCCAAGAGCUCCAAGAAGCCAAGCUCAGAGCGCUUGGUGUUUCUGAUGCUACCGAGGAACCUCCUGCACCAUCCAUUUCCCCGUCGCUUACAAUCCCGUCUCGCCAGGCUUCUGCUCAAUAUCCUCCACUGCCUUUCUCGCCACCGAUUCCCACGUCUUCGGCAUCAAGCAACCCUGGCUUCAAUUUCCAUUCGCAACUGCUCUCUGGUACGACAACGACAACUCAAAGCCCCGGCAUUGCUUCUCCGGUUCCUUUCGGACAAGUACAGGGCAAGUUCAACCCUCGCCAGUCCAUCUCGCUACCGACUGGCAGCUCUCCCUUCCAGAUGUCGCAUGCUCAGGGUUGGCAGAACCAAGCCGGCAUCCUGCAAGGCCUUGCUCGCAUGGAUUCACCGCUUCUCAGUCUCAAUGGCAUCGUCUCACCUCAAUCUCCCUAUGACCUAGAUGGCUUCCCUAUAUCAGGAAGCCCGGCCUUCAAUGCCCACCAAAGGCACCAGUCCCUGCAGUACUUUCCUCAGCAGAUGGCCAGAGCGUCGCCCUCGCUACAGCAAGUGCGCGAGGAUGAGGAAGAAGAAGCCGAAGACUACGCCAAGAGCCCUUCCAAGACGCCAGAGCCCACCAAGCCGCAGCGGCCCCCAAUGCAGGUCGAAAUGCAAGACGCUCAGUAUCACCUCGAGGAGCAGCUCCGCAACCAGCUCGAGCACGAGGACUACAACCCCCAGGCUCAGGGUAACUCUGCUAACCAUCACGAGAAUCUUGCGUCGGCUCACGAUCGCCAAGCAUCGGGCAAUCUGGCUGUUUCGGAGCACUUUGCCAACGACCAGGUCAAGCCCGUCGUCCUCCAUCACCCCCGCCCUCACAGCCGUGGCCAGUCCAUUACACAAAACUUCUUCCGAGACCACGAUGCGCCAGCCGAUGGAUCCAACUUUGGCCGCCUCAAUGGCAUUCCCGAGUCCAACAAGCCCGAAGUCGACGAGGCUUACGAAAUUGAGACAAACCCGAGCAACCUGGGCACUCCAGUACAAAAUUUCGAAUUACCAGCCCUACUUCACCAGCACCAAAAGACAGUGUCGAGCGUGAGCAACCCCUGGAACAAUGCCGCCAGCGAGUCGGUUGAAGUGCCCGAUCACGAAAGGAAAACGUCGACUUCGAAACUCAACGUCAAGGCGCCCGAGUUCAAGUUCAACCCUACAAGUAACUUCACUCCCGGCUUGUUCAAUUUCUCUUCUGCUCCUACUUUCCAGCCUGGCGCCGCAAGCUUCCAGCCUGCGGUCUUCCAGGCUGGAAUCGCCGACUAUGUUGAGCCCAGUCCUCCUCCGGCUCAGUUUGGAAGCAGCUCCUUUGGUAUGGAUGCUGGCUCUCCAUCUUUUAAUCCAGGCCAGAGUGAAUUUAGCUUUUCUUCCUCGGGACCCAAGUUCAGACCCGAUGCACCCUCAUUUACUCCGUUCCAGUCCCUGGCCAACUCGCUCAACAAGCCUGCCAAGGCCCACAAAGGCCGUACAGACUCCAUAUUCGGGGAUAUCAAUAUUGAUACUAGUGAAGUCGUCCGCCCUGGCCGCAAAUCCAAGGCCAUUCCCAUCAUUCGACCUUCUAGUAGAUCGUCGGCCAAGUCGCCCUUGGUGGGCGUUGCUGAGGAGUCUCACGAGGACGAGAUGGACAGCGACGGUCGGCCUGUUCCGGAUGAGUCAAGAGCCAAGCGCGCCAAGAGUCAAGCGCCAGAGAACCAAGAUGUCGCUUCUUUUGCCCAGAUGCCUCUUGCGAGCAUCUCAGAGAGCAAUAAUGACAAUGCCUUAUUUAUCGACACUUCGAUGUCAUCUCCUGGCGCCGGGGACGUUGUUGAGACUAAGCAGACCACCGCCGUGCCUUCCGAGACUUCACCCGCUGCCGAGAUUGACGAAUGGCAACCUCUUCAAACGGCCAAGGACGCUGUCAUGAACAGCCACAAGGCUCAACAUUCUGCGGAGCUCAAGUCAAAGAAGCAAGCCCACAAGCGGAACUCGCUCUCCGCCACCGCUAUUCCAUUCUCGCCUGGUGCUAUGUCUUAUGGAGAGGAGUCACCGGCAACGCUGACCCGCGCACAACCAAGUCCAGUCAAGCUGACGCACUCUGGGUCCAUCUCCGACAUUAAGAGGAUCUCUCCCAAGGUCUCAGACGAAUCUCAAUUCUCCUCGCCUUUGCCCUCGGCUAGACCCAAGGGCCUCAAGGCCUCUCGCUUCGCCCAGGCUGAUCCCGAACCAGCACCCGCUCCUGCUCCUGCACCGGAACCGCAGCUUGAAGAGAUUAUUGCCGAGGACACAGCCGCAGACGUCAUGCCAUCUAUUGAGCCUCAAAACACACUGGUUGACCUCAGCGAAGAGCCUGUCAAGACUGAUGCCAAGGCGGAGCCAACCUUCGAGGAGAUCGACGCUGUCAUGCAGCAAAUGGAGAUUGAUCCCAGCAUGGGCGUUAAGAAGAAGCCACUAGAGAAGUCCAUGUGGAAUCAGCCCACCCCUGUUGCCAGUCGACAGCCCUCCUACACACUGCGCCCCGCUGCACAUGAAUUUGUUCCUCAGUUCAACCAGCCAGUUCCUCCUUACCCCAAGGACUCUGAACUGGAGGACCCCUUCAUCGACCCCCCCAAUACCUGGGGCAACGGACAGCAGCAUGCGGCUUUGCCUGCGAGCGACUGGGAAGGUGCAUUUUCCGAGGACGAGCAUUCCAAGCUCGAGAGCAGGACACAGUUCUUCGACGGCAGAGUCAACGAGAUUGUUGGUAGCUUGCUAGCGUCUCGCCUCGAGCCCAUGGAAAAGACUCUGCUUGCCAUCCAGUCCGUUCUCGGUAACAAGAGCCGCCGUGCUCCUUCGUCCCGGCGUGAGAUUAGAAGCACGACUGGAGAAAACCAGGAAAGCGAUGCUGAUGACGAGGACGACGAGGUCAUCUUCAACCGCUCCGCAAGCCCGCGCAGAGAUCGUCGUAUGGAUCAAAUUCGGGUCGCCAUCACCGAGGCCUUGGCUGCACAGCACCAGAACGUUGCUGCUCUACCCGAGGUCCCAUCUGCCGACCAUCCGUCCAUCUUGGCUGCGCUCGAGGAGAUGAAGCAGCAUAUGAGCGCAUUCAAGAGCUCGCCUCACCUGGACCGCGGAAUUGAGGAUGGGCAUGCGGAAGACAUCCGGCCCAGCACGUCCAAGUCUGAUGAUGCUAUCCUUGUCAAGCUGGAUCAACUCCAGACGAAGAACAUUGACCUAGAGCAGCGUCUGCAAUUCGAGCAGCACAAGAUCGAGAAGGAAGUCCAAGAGCGUCGUGAGGCAGAAGAUGCUGCCGCCGAAUUGAGUCGCAAGCUCAACGCUGCCGAAACUCGUGUGGAGGUUGAGAUCAUCAACAAGAGCGUGUACGACCAGCGUGUGGGAGAUCUUGAAGAGCGCCUCAGACUGCAAGAAGAGAAGACCGAAGAGGAGCUCAAGCAGCGUCGCCUUCUUGAGGACAAGCUCUGCGAUGCCCAGCGUCAACUCAAGCACGCUUCCGAGGAAGAAACUCGUGUUACCGAAACCCUCGAGGACCGUGACCGCAGAAUCAAGGAGUUGGAACAACUUGCUGGCAAGAAGGCUAUGCGCAUGACCCUGCUGGAGGCUGCUUCCAACAACGCAAGCCAGUCGCAGAGCGAAAUGACCAACAAGCUCAACGCUCUGGAAGGCGACCUGAAGGAGGUUCGCCAGGACAACACCCACUGGCGCACCGAGGCUGAGCGCGCCGACGAGACCGCACGCCGCAACGCUGGUGAGCUCGCCGUUACUCGCGACGAGAACAAGAGCCUCCAAACCACCCUCCAGACUCUCACUGCCCAGCUGCAAGAAAACGAGCGCCUUCGUGAAUCCUGGCGAGGCAAAUUCAUGUCUCUUCAAGAGGACAUGGCCAACGCUGCUCGUGAAGUCGCGGAGGAGAGUGCCAGACGGAUCAAGAAGGACCAGGCUAUGCUUGCCCGCCAAGAAGUCCUGGACGCGAGACUACAGGCCGAAGCCAAGACGCGUGAGCGCCUCGAGGUCGAAAUGGAACGCCUCCAGACCAACGAAAGAACUGGCAUGCGUGCCCUCAACGAAUGCACACGUCUGGAGGGUAUCCUCGGUGAGCUCCGUACUGAAAAGGACAAGCUCCAACAGACUGCUUCGCGCUACCAGCGCGAGUUCGAGGAAGCACGAGAGUCUGGCGCCAGCGAGGUCAAGCGCACCAGAAUGGCCAUGCAAAGCGAGAUUGACGCUGCCAACCACCAGGUUAACGUUGUCCGUCAGGAUCUUGAAGAUCAAAACUCCAAGCUCCGCGCCGAGAUUGACAGCAUCAGACUUGAGGCUGACACCGCCAAGGAGCGAAAUGAGAUGCUCAUAGAGGGAGAGCAGACCACCAAGGCCAAGGCCCUGGAGGAACUCGAGCAAAAACACCAGAACGAGAUCGAGGACAUGCAAACGCGCUAUGAGCGCCAGAUCAACAACGCCAACGAGGACGCUGGACGAGCCGAAGAGGCUCUCCUGGGCCGCCUCAGCUUGUCAUCGUCCAAGGUCGAGCACCUGCAGGACCGUAUUCUGCACCUCGAAGAGAAGCUCGAGAUCUCCAAGCAGGCCGCUGCCGCUGCCGCCCAGGCUGCCAAGUCUGCUGGUGUCGAGCCUGCUGCUCCAGAUGCUGCUCCGGUCCCUACUGCUCGCGCUGCCGUUAUCUCUGAGCUGCCCGAGAAGAUUUCGCCCCAGGCCCUUCGCGAAUCCAUCAUGGUCCUCCAAGAACAGCUGCAAGCCCGCGAGCAGCGCAUCGAGGAGCUUGAGCAGGACAUUGCCAAGCUGGACCCUGAGGCACCUUCCAAGAUUUCAAAGCGCGACGACGAGAUCAGCUGGCUGCGUGAGCUCCUCGCUGUAAGACACAGCGAUCUGCAGGACAUCAUCAAUGCCUUGGCCGUCGACUCCUUUGACCGCGAGAGAGUCAAGGAUGCCGCCAUCAGACUCAAGGCUAACCUGCAAAUGGAGGAGCAGGAGCGCGAACGAGCCAUGAACGGUGGCUCGGCUAUUACGCUGCCCAACAUCGCUCAGAGCAUACAAGCCGCCACUCCACGAGUCGCUCAGACCAUUGGCUCUGGCUUCAACGCGUUUGACCGAUGGAGAAAAUCUAGCCAACCGUCGUUCUUAUCUGGCGUGCUCAACUCGCCUUCGGCUGGCCAUGCCGCCACGCCCUCGCGAAGCAAGGGUCCCAGCGCUCAGCAAUCCAAGCUUCUCAGCGGGCUGCUGACGCCUCCUGCGUCUGGCCUCCGUCAAACACCCACUGCUGACAGCAAGCCUCAACCCACGGCCUUUGCCAGCACUGGACGCCGGUUUCCGUCUCACGGCAGCGCCCACAACCGUCCACGCGGAGAGUCGGAGUCGUCUGCUCCCGCUGACGACGAGGAAGCGGAGGCGCCUGAAGACACCACGCCGCCGCGUCGCCAGGAGCAGCCAGCGGACCCCGUCACGCCACCCAUGAUGCGCCAAAGUGGCUACGAUUCUGACGCGCAGCCUGGUGACUUUGAUGAUCAUGACUUUUUUGAGGAUUGA